UGGUCCGACAUCCUGCUGUUGGUCUAGCUACAAAUCUACGGCCACAGGACGAGGUAGGAAAGCCUCAUAAUGUCGGGGUUAGAAGAACCAUCCAACGUGGUGCUAGAAGUGCAGGAGGAGAAGCGAAGCGAGGAAGAGAUUGGAGGGGAUCCUGAGAUCGAAUACGCAGGCGACCAGCCUCGAGGAGGAUAUGUGUUUUACAGAGACAGGAAAGAAUGGGCAGACCUUGAGCCAGUUCCACAGGAUGACGGUCCCAACCCCAUUGUGAAAAUUGCAUACUCUGAGAAGUUCACAGAUGUAUAUGAUUAUUUCCGGGCGUUGCUGAAGAAUGAUGAGAAGAGUGAGAGGGCGUUGGCACUGACAGCUGAAGCCAUUGAACUGAACGCUGCCAACUACACUGUAUGGCACUACCGGCGAGUUCUGCUGCAGGCUCUGGACAAGGACCUGCGGGAGGAGAUGCGCUACAUCACCGCCAUCAUUGAGGACCAGCCUAAGAACUACCAAGUCUGGCACCAUAGACGCAUGGUGGUAGAGUGGCUGAAUGACCCAUCUGAGGAGCUGGAAUUCAUUGCAGACAUCCUCAGCCAGGACGCCAAGAACUAUCAUGCUUGGCAGCACAGGCAGUGGGUUAUUCAGGAGUAUAAGCUGUGGGAUGGGGAGCUGGAGUUUGUGGAGCAGCUGCUAGAGGAGGAUGUGAGGAAUAAUUCGGCCUGGAACCAGAGAUAUUUUGUCAUCUCCCACACCACGGGAUAUUCGGAUCCAGCCGUGCUAGACAGAGAAGUGCAGUACAGUUUGGAGCAAAUCAAAAAGGCCCCGCACAACGAGAGUGCAUGGAACUAUCUGAAAGGGAUUCUUCAGGACCGUGGGCUGGCCUCCUACCAGAACCUACUGGAGCAGGUGCUGGAGCUGCAGAAGAGCUGCAGCUCACCCUACCUGACCUCCUUCCUGGUGGACAUCUAUGAGGACAUGCUAGAGGGCUCGAGUGGCAACCAGGAGGAGACCCUGGGCAAGGCCUUGGAACUGUGCGAGCUCCUGGCCUCGGAGACAGACACCAUCAGGCGGGAGUACUGGCGGUAUGUGGGCCGCUCCCUGCAGAGCCGGUAUGGCAGCAGUGAUGGUGCUGGCGGCUCGCCCUCCUCCGCCCCACCGGAGACGGCUGGCGAUGAUUGAGUGCCACGCUCCCUGGUGGUGCAGGGAGGGAGCGCUCCAUUGAGGCAGCAUUGUAUCGUUACCACAUUGGUAAACAGAGUACUUAUCUCCAGGCAACUGCUGGCAUAUUCUGUAUGGAGCCCUGACACCAAAUCUAAAGCUUGACUUCUCUGAUAAUCACGGAAGCUUUUGGCGCUCCCUGGCCCUGAAGGUGAUUACAAUAAAGUAAGAGCUGCCGCAGGCAGGUGAAUAAUAAUGCAGGAGAUUAACAGAAGGGUCAGCUUCCUGAUUUGAGAAUAGUCUGAAACAGAAAAUGUGUAUAUGUGUGCUAGUAACUCAGGACCUCCUGCCCUGGGAAGUAAAACUAAAGCUCUAAAUUAGGAUGGAAUUAUUGUUGCCAAAAUACUGUAUAACCAAACUG